AUGGCGUCCGGGCAACAGUGGGUGUUAGUUGAGAUGGUGCAGGCUUUCUACGAGGCACCUGCGUACCAUUUGAUCUUGGAGGGCAUCCUCAUUUUGUGGAUUAUUCGGCUUCUGUUUUCAAAGACGUACAAGUUACAGGAGAGGUCGGACCUCACAGAGAAGGAAAAGGAGGAACUGAUCGAAGAGUGGCAGCCGGAACCCCUUGUCCCACCUGUGUCCAAGGACCACCCGUCCCUCAAUUAUGACAUCGUCACUGGGCCGCCAAGCCACAAGAUCGUCGUCAAUGGAAAAGAGUGCAUUAACUUUGCCUCGUUUAACUUCUUGGGUCUCCUAGACAAUGAGCGAGUGAAGAAAAAAGCAUUAGCAUCUCUAAAAAAGUACGGUGUCGGUACCUGUGGCCCAAGAGGAUUUUACGGAACUUUUGAUGUUCACUUGGAGUUGGAGGAUCGCUUGGCGAAAUUCAUGAGAACAGAGGAAGCAAUUAUCUACUCAUAUGGCUUUGCAACAAUAGCUAGCGCUAUCCCUGCAUACUCCAAGAGGGGGGACAUUGUAUUUGUAGACGAGGCGGCGUGUUUCUCCAUCCAGAAGGGACUCCAGGCCUCUCGAAGUUUUAUCAAGUACUUCAAACACAAUGACAUGGAAGACCUGGAGAGGUUACUCAAAGAGCAGGAACUCGAGGACCAGAAGAAUCCUCGGAAGGCUCGUGUCACCAGGAGGUUCAUUGUUGUGGAGGGUCUGUACAUAAACACGGGAGAUGUUUGUCCCCUUCCAGAGCUGGUGAAGCUAAAGUACAAGUACAAGGUCCGGAUCUUCCUGGAGGAGAGCAUGUCCUUCGGCGUGCUGGGAGAGCACGGGCGAGGGGUCACAGAGCACUUUGGGGUCAAUAUUGAUGACAUCGACCUCAUUAGCGCAAACAUGGAGAACGCAGUGGCCUCUAUUGGUGGCUUCUGCUGUGGACGAUCCUUCGUCAUAGACCAUCAGCGUCUGUCUGGGCAAGGCUACUGCUUCUCUGCCUCCCUGCCACCAAUGUUGGCAGCUGCUGCUAUAGAGGCACUCAACAUUAUGGAGGAAGACCCAGAGAUUUUUACCCUCCUGAGGGAAAAAUGCAAACACGUCCACAAAGCCCUGCAAGGAAUUCCUGGCCUGAGAGUGGUAGGGGAAUCUUUCACUCCAGCGCUGCACCUCCAGCUGGAGAAAAGCUCUGGAUCCCGGGACACCGAUGUGAAGACGCUAAGGAGCAUUGUAGAAUAUUGUUUGGAACGACAGAUAGCACUCACCCAGGCCCGCUACUUGGAGAAAGAGGAACGGUUUCUCCCACCACCAACAAUCCGGGUGGUGGUGACCAUUGAGCAGACCGAGGAGGAGAUCGGAAAAGCCGCGGCCCUCAUCCGAGAAGCGGCGGUGGCCAUCCUGAAGUAGCUUCCCUGGUCAGAACGAGACCUGGAACACUCCAAACAUCCAGUCAUUCACAGAGUCCGCCUGUACCAUACUAUGGGGUGACAUGACUAGCCAUUAAGGGGAACGACUGUGCCACUGUCCAGUUCUCCAUCAUCCAUGAGCUAAAGGAAGAAUGAGUGUUCACCACGUGUCACUUCAAGACACGCAGAACUUCAGCAGAUUAACGAGAGGAACAUCAUUGUUGCACCUGUGGUUUGUUUUUUUCCUCUGUUCAAUUGGUUUAGCAUUCAACCACGGUAUAAAAUGCCUGUCUCAUAUCAGGGUGAGCUUGCAGACCUCACUCACCAUUUCAUUAUCUGUAUCGAUCCCCUUGUUAUGCAUCUGCUGUUUAGUUACCCUCUGCCUCGAUCGAUGGUCUCGAGAUAU